AUGGAGACGGCUCGCCGGAGACAUGCUGGAGCCGCCGGCCUUGCCUUCGCUUCGGCCAUCCUUGUGAUCUUCGCCUUCUCAUGUGUGGAAUCUAAACCGGCGCGGGCGCGAACGCCAGGGGAUGCGUCUGGACCGGCGUCGGCACCUGCCCAUGCGCCUGCGUCUGGGCCUGCUCAGGCGGUAGCUUCUCACGCUCUGUUCAACUACGAGGAGAAAGACCCAACUGGGCCUGACCAAUGGGCCAAGCUGAAUAAGGCCUGGGCUGCCUGUGGCGACGGCAAGAAGCAGUCCCCGAUCGACAUCUGCAAAGUGAAGAUCGACAAGGACAUGGGCCCUCUGGGGCAGACCUACAAGUCAAGCGCCUGCACACUGGAAAACCGCGGGCACGACUUCAUGCUGCAAUGGAAAGGUGGGAAUGGCAAGCUGACGAUCGAGAAGAAGGAUUACGUGCUCCAGCAGGAUAGGUUCGACAUGGAGUUGCACAUGGUCCACGAGGACUCCAGCAAGGCGCGCGCCGUCAUCUCCGUGCUCUACUCCACCAAAGAGGCCGGCGACCCCGACAAGACGCUGACUGAUCUGGCGCCAUAUUUCAAGAGGCUCGCCGGCAAGGACAACGAGGACGAGGACGUGAAGGAGCCCGUUGAUCCGUCCGUCUGGCUCGACAAGGCCUCGGGCUACUACAGAUACGACGGCUCCCUCACCACGCCGCCUUGCACCGAAGGGGUUCUUUGGAACAUCCUCAGCAAGGUAAAACACGUAUCAAAGGAGCAUAUCAAGAUGAUGGAGUCGGUGAGCGAGGAACCUGAGCCAAAUGACCGGCCGGCUCAGAAAAUGAAUGGUCGAGUUGUUCGCUACUUUGAAGGCGAAGAAGCAAAAGAUUGA